AUUUCGUCGUUCUUCACAUUGCUAUAUUAAUAAUCAACGCUUAUGUACGUGAAAGAAAUUGACGUUUUUAUCUGGACUGUCAUGUCGUAAUAGGUUAAGGAUCAUAUUUAAAUAGCGCGCUUUAUCUCGUUUUAUCUAUUUAUUGAUAUUUAUAAUGUUUAGAACGAGCCGACGGUUGUUCGCUGCUGUGAAUUACAGUAGUCUAUCGAGGAGUGUGAAAUUAGAACAUUUUAUUCGACAAUUGAGUGUUUGUCGUACAAUGGCAGAAAAGUUUCGAUUGCCGGAACGUUAUGGAGCUGGUGAGAAAAGCGUAUGGGUUGAGUACAUACAAUUAGCUGCAGAGUAUAAGCCUGCCGUGAACCUUGGUCAGGGCUUUCCUGACUAUCACGCACCGAAACAUGUAACAGAAGCACUAUCGCAGAUAGCUACCAGUGAAAAUCCACUGCUUCAUCAGUACACAAGAGGCUUUGGUCUGCCGCGCCUCGUGGAGAAUCUAUCAAAGGUUUACUCCCCGCUGAUUGGACGACAGAUAGAUGCCUUCAAUGAAAUCCUAGUCACGAGUGGUGCCUAUGAAGCACUUUACUCUACCAUUUUAGGUCACGUGGAUACCGGGGAUGAGGUGAUCAUUAUAGAACCAUAUUUCGACUGCUACGACUUUAUGGUGAAGUGCGCCGGAGGUGUACCUAGGUUCAUCGCUCUGAAACCGAAACCUCAAGGCGAUGAUAUAUCAUCAGCGGAUUGGGUUUUAGACGAGGCGGAGCUAGCUUCGCUCUUCAACAACCGAACUAAAAUGAUCAUCGUGAACACGCCCCACAAUCCGCUGGGCAAGGUGUUCACCCAACGCGAGCUGGAACUCAUUGCCGAUCUGUGCAAGAAGCACAACGUGCUUUGUCUCUCCGAUGAGGUCUACGAGUGGAUGGUGUACGAGCCCAAACAGCAUAUCCGGAUAGCGUCCUUCCCGGGCAUGUGGGAGAGGACCAUCACCGUCGGGUCCGCGGGGAAGACGUUCUCCGUCACCGGGUGGAAGAUCGGGUGGGCGUACGGACCAGCCGACCUGAUGAGGAAUCUGCAAGUUGUGCACCAGAACUGUGUGUACACGUGCUGCACGCCAGUCGAGGAAGCCGUGGCCCGCUCGUUCGAGUACGAGCUGGCCAGGCGCGACUCGCCGGAGUGCUACUUCUAUUCUCUGGCUCGAGAGCUGCGCCCGAAGCGAGACUACCUCAUGAAGAUACUGAAGGAGAACGGUUUCAAACCGACUCUACCCGAGGCCGGGUACUUUGUCGUGGCCGAUUGGACUGACUUGGAAAAGAAGAUCGACUUAUCGAGCGAACUGGACAAAUACAAAGAUUACAAGUUCACAAAGAAAUUCGCUAAAGAGGCGGGCGUACUCGCCAUACCGCCGAGCGCCUUCUACUCUGAAGCACACAAACACCUGGGGGAGACGUUCGCGAGAUUCUGCUUUAUAAAGAAAGACGAAAAUCUAGAACUAACCGAGAAUCUGCUAAAGGAAUGGAAUUCUAAGAAAAAGUAAUAAAGACGCUGCAUUUAUAUUUAAAAAAAAAAUGUAUAUUUUUAUAUCGACGUUGUGAUAAUCUGCAAUAUAUUUUUUUGUUAUUUUGUUGAAAACAAUAUAAUAAACUAU